UUUAAACGAUUAAAAAUGUCUGUUUUUUUUUGUUUUGGUGACGACUAAAACGUUGGAAAUUAUAUAAUUCUUGCUGAGUGUUAAGUUUUUUAUUUUUAUUUUAUCUAAUUUUGAUUAGGACUGUUUAAAGAGCUAUGCUAACGUGAUAGUUUAUCACGUGACGCUUCCAUCGACUAUUUUGAGUAGCUUUAUCAGACAGCCCUGGGAUUACUCAUGGUUCAUUGGUUUGAUUUCCUGACUUGUCAAACCCUCCUUGAGACUUUUAUGGGCUGCCGCAGCUUUGUCGGACUGCUUUUCACCGUGAAGAUGGCGGAGGCUGGGAACGCACCACAACACCAGUUUUACUGUCACUAUUGUAAAUGUGAGACUAAUCCCAAACUACCGGAUUUGGUUUGUCCUGCAUGCAAGUCUGGCUUUAUUGAGGAGGUGCCAGCCAAUUCCAGCCUUCUGCGGGACAGCACGGCAUCAGUAGAGAGUGACAAUUCAAGCUCGUUGCUCUCAGAUUUAUUUCAGCUGCUGUUCAUAGAGAAUUCUGCUCGGCUGUCGAGUCCGUCCUCCACCGAGUCUGAUUGGACUGAUGCUGAGGAGGAAUAUGCGGGUCAGAACGAUACUUUUUCACCGUCUGCAGUCGCCACAGAGCGAGAAGAGCAGGAGGAGUCAUCCUCCGUCUCUGAGGGGGAGACUGCCUCUAGUCCUGAGGAAAACAACUCAAUGGAUGGCAUCAUGCAUCAGUUUUUAUCUGACAGUUUUGCGAACAACGGAAGUCCUGGUGCUGGACCAACUUCACUAUCCAGCAUGCUACAGAUGUACUCAAACCCAGAAGACUACGCGUGGGGUCUGGGAGGUCUCGACACGGUCGUCACUGAGUUACUUGGACAGUUGGAGAACACAGGCCCAGCCCCAGCAACGCAGGAGGAGAUCUCUUCCCUGCCAAUAGUUUGCAUCUCUCAAGAACAGAUAGACUGCCGACUAGGAUGUCCAGUUUGCAGGGAGGAAUAUUCUUCAGGAGAAUCUGUCAGGAAGCUUCCCUGCCUCCAUUUCUUCCACGAUGAAUGUAUAGUGCCUUGGCUGAAGCUGCACAAUUCUUGCCCAGUGUGCCGCAAAAGUCUUGAUGGCGUUGACAACAGCCUCCCACCCACAUCGGAGCCCCCAGAAUAGUGAUCUGUCAGAGCAACAGGAGAGGCAGGCGAUACGGGAAGAGUCAUUGACUUCAUCUUCUUGAAUGUUUUUUCUUUUCUUUUCUUUUUUUCUAACAGCCACUCAUGUCAGAUCAGCAGCUUUUAGAUAAAAUGCCUCACACUGUCAUUACGAUCACCUUCAGAGCUCAUGUCGGUCACUUGUCUCUGCAAAGGACGCUCGUGUUUUCUGCUACAACCUAACCAGUACUUCACGCCAAACCACUCAGAUGGAUUGCUAGCAAGAUUCAGAAGAGAUUUGCGCUUUUUUCCCCCACUAUGCCACCCUCUAAAGCAGUUUUCUGAAUGACUGGCCUUUAAGCCGUAAUGUAAUCUCCACUGAGGUGCAAGGGGCUGUCAAAAUGACAGAAUCCCUCAGUUAUGAAGAAACAUCUUUUGAUUAUUGUCUUAGUAAGACAGUGUUGGUGUUUUUGUUGACUUUUCAUCAACAUAAAGCUGCUAAUAAAGCUUCACACACACCUUCUGUA